AUGGCCCAAGUCCCUGAUCUGUUUGAGGACCUGAAGAGCUGUUACAGUGAAAAUGAAGAAUAUAGCUCAGAAAUGGAACAUCACUCUCUGACUCAGAAAUCCUUCUAUGACACAAACUAUGGGCCACUUCAUGAGAGCCACAUGAAUAAAUGUGUGUCUUUGAGUACCUCCAAUACCUUGAAGACAUCUACAAUUACCUUCAAGAAUAGUAUGGUGGUGAUGGACACCCAUGGGGAUGUUCUGAAAAAGAGAACGCUGAGUUUGAAUGAGGUCCUCACUGAUGCAGACUUGGAAGUCAUUGCCAAUACCAGCACAAUAACAGAAGAAGAAAUCAAGCCCAGGUCCAUAUCUUACAAUUUCCAGAGCAAUUUGAAAUACAGACGUGUAGGAAACAAUGGCCAAUUCAUGCUGCAGGAUGGACUCAAUCAAAAUAUCACUCAACAAGAUAACCACCUCCGUGCUACUGCAUCACAGAGAGAAAAAGUGAUAUUUGACAUGGAUUUUUAUCUAUCAGAAGAAGAUGAUUCUAAAGCACCUGUGACACUAAGAAUCUCAGAAACUCAACUUUUUGUGAGUGCCCAAAAUGAAGGGGAACCUGUAUUACUAAAGGAGAUGGGGAAAACACCCGAAAUAAUUGAAGAUGAGACCAAUAUCCUCUUCAUGAUGGAACCUAUUGGCAGUAUGAAUUACUUCCAAUCAGUUGCCUAUCCAGAUUUGUAUCUUGCCACAAAGGAAGAAAACUUUGUGUACAUGGCAAAAAGAUCGCCUCAUUCAAUCACUGACUUUCGUCUAUUGGAAAGCAGAUCUUGA